AUCCAUUGAAAGCCGCGUAAACAGGACUCGGAGGCCAAUUCAAUUCAAAAUCCGCAGGAGCCUCUGUAACAUCUUUGCCUAUAUAUUAUGUGCAAACUUGUUCAGAGGCUCUUAUAACGCGGCAGCUCAAGCGCAGACACCUGUGCCUUCCGUGUCUGAAUUCAAGUUUUACGGUUUCUUCGACUAGAUCUAUGGUGGCCCCGUGAUCUCCGAUUUAUUCUGGUGUUGGGAACUUGGGUACCAUUGUUUUGACAUAUCUAGUGCCGAAGGAUCCAUUUGGUGCCUCUCUGCCCUAUCCAAACGCUUUUCUGAUAAAGCCUUUGGCCUGGUCGGUGCUGGUGUUCUGUGCUUGCUGUUGCUACCUUGUUUUCUGGUUUUUCUCGUUUCCUUAGCAGACAUUGUAUUCUAUUCCUUGACCUUGUUAAGGUUCGCUAGGAUUCAAUACUCAACUGCAAAUUUUAUUCAUCCGUCUUCUGUACGUGGAGCAUACAAUUCCAGAACAGGGCCGCCGAGUUUAUCAUCCUUAGCGAGGAUGGUGAUGUGGGUAUUCGGGUAUGGAUCAUUGGUGUGGAGGCCGGGUUUUGAUUAUGACGAAAAAAUUGUUGGCUUCAUCAAGGGAUACAGAAGAGUUUUUCAUCUUGCCUGCAUUGAUCACCGUGGGACCCCAGAAUUCCCUGCUCGAACCUGUACAUUGGAAACCCAGGAUGAAGCAGUCUGUUGGGGUACAGCUUUCUGUGUUAGAGGAAGUCCUGAAAAGGAAAGAUUGGCUUUAGAGUAUCUGGAAAGGAGGGAGUGCGAAUAUGAUAUUAAGACCUAUGUAGAUUUCUACCAAGAGGCAGACUCUGAAACCCCUUUGCUGUCUGGAGUUCUAGUUUUCACUUCUACUCCAGAUAUAAAAUACAAGUACUUUCUUGGCCCAGCUCCUUUGGAAGUAAUGGCAAGUCAAAUUGCAAAAGCUGUUGGUCCAUGUGGGAACAACCGUGAUUAUCUUUUCCAGUUGGAAAAAGCUUUGUAUGACAUUGGGCACGAAGAUGAUGAAGUUAUUGAGCUGUCAAAUGAAGUGAGAAGAAUUCUUGGAGGCAUUGACGAACUUACCUUAUCUAAGAUAUAGAAUGUUACAACAACUCAGUGUGCUACUUGUUUUUGUCACUUACACUAACAGCAACAACUUUUCUUUACCUGACUGCACAAAUUGUGAGGGAAUAAAGUGGGACUUGUUCCGGGAUGGAUGGAUCCUCAAAUUCAUGAUUUGGGGCAGGAAAACGGAUCAUAGUUUCAUUCUUUGUCAGUUGUAAUUGUAGAAGGUACACAUAUAUUGAUUGGGUAGUGCCAAUGUUGGAUGAGGGUAACAAUUCUUUUAUUAAGGAGUAGAAUCAACAUUGUUGAAUUCAAGCCAAAGGCUUGAAAAAUUUCAUGCCAAAUAGGGCAAACGAGAAACACAGUAGAUGGGCAAUUACAUUGAAAUUGUAUCGACACUUUGUCAGAGCAACAAUUUUUUACACUUGAAUGUUACUUGGAAAGGUUGUUUCAAAA